CUCACAGCCCAUCCCAUCUCCCCGACGCCGCCCGCCCGCGCAGAGCUUGCUCCAUGGCUUAGCGGAGGAGGCGGUGGCGAGCGGGGGAGGGGGACUCUUAUUUUGUUAGGGGGACCGGGCCGAGGCCCGACCGGCCUGGCAGGGCUCGCCCGGGGCCGGGCGUCAUGUCUCAUGCGGCCGAGCCAGCUCGGGACGGCGUAGAGGCCAGCGCGGAGGGUCCUCGAGCCGUGUUCCUGCUGUUGGAGGAGCGCAGGCCGGCCGACUCGGCCCAGCUGCUCAGCCUGAACUCUUUGCUUCCGGAAUCGGGGAUUGUUGCUGACAUCGAAUUAGAAAACGUCCUUGAUCCUGACAGCUUCUACGAGCUCAAAAGCCAACCCCUAUCGCUACGCUCAAGCCUCCCAAUAUCACUGCAGGCCACACCAGCCACCCCAGCUACACUCUCUGCAUCAUCUUCUGCAGGGGGCUCCAGGACCCCUGCCAUGUCGUCAUCUUCUUCAUCGCGGGUCUUGCUGCGGCAGCAGCUAAUGCGGGCCCAGGCCCAGGAGCAGGAGAGGCGUGAGCGUCGGGAACAGGCUGCAGCCUCUCCCUUCCCUAGUCCUGCACCUGCCUCUCCUGCCAUCUCUGUGGUCGGCGUCUCUGCUGGGGGCCACACAUUGGGUCGUCCUCCCCCUGCUCAGGUGCCCAGGGAGGUGCUCAAGGUGCAGACCCAUCUGGAGAACCCGACGCGCUACCACCUGCAGCAGGCGCGCCGGCAGCAGGUGAAGCAGUACCUGUCCACCACACUUGGGCCCAAGCUGGCGUCCCAGGCCCUCACCCCACCACCGGGGGCUGCUAGUGCCCAGCCACUCCCCGCCCCUGAGGCUGCCCACGCUACUGGCCCCACUGGCAGUGCUCCCAACAGCCCCAUGGCGCUGCUCACCAUCGGGUCUAGCUCGGAGAAGGAGGUGAGUGGCUGCAGACGACCCGCCCAUGCUCCCCCUGCCCCAACUUCUUCUAAGGCUCUUCCAUAUUUCUUCUCCCAGAUUGAUGAUGUCAUCGAUGAGAUCAUCAGCCUGGAGUCCAGUUACAACGAUGAGAUGCUCAGCUAUCUGCCCGGAGGCACCACGGGGUUGCAGCUCCCCAGCACGCUGCCUGUGUCAGGGAAUCUGCUUGAUGUGUACAGUAGUCAGGGCGUGGCCACGCCAGCCAUCACUGUCAGCAACUCCUGUCCAGCUGAGCUGCCGAAUAUCAAACGGGAGAUCUCUGAGACAGAGGCCAAGGCCCUUUUGAAGGAACGGCAGAAGAAAGACAAUCACAACCUGAUUGAACGUCGCAGGCGAUUCAACAUUAACGACAGGAUCAAGGAGUUGGGCACCCUCAUCCCCAAGUCCAGUGACCCGGAGAUGCGCUGGAACAAGGGCACCAUCUUGAAAGCCUCUGUGGAUUACAUCCGCAAGUUGCAGAAGGAGCAACAGCGCUCCAAAGACCUGGAGAGCCGGCAGCGAUCCCUGGAGCAAGCCAACCGCAGCCUGCAGCUCCGAAUUCAGGAGCUAGAACUGCAGGCCCAGAUCCAUGGUCUGCCAGUGCCUCCCACCCCAGGGCUGCUCUCACUGGCCACAACUUCAGCCUCUGACAGUCUCAAGCCAGAGCAGCUGGAUGUUGAAGAGGAGGGCAGGCCAGGCACAGCAACAUUUCAUGCAGCGGGGGGACCUGCCCAGAGUACUCCCCAUCAGCAGCCCCCAGCGCCACCCUCAGAUGCCCUUCUGGACCUGCACUUUCCCAGCGACCACCUGGGGGAUCUGGGGGACCCCUUCCACCUGGGGCUGGAGGACAUUCUGAUGGAGGAGGAGGAGGGGGUGGUGGGGGGACUGUCAGGGGGCGCCCUGUCCCCACUGCGGGCUGCCUCCGAUCCCCUGCUUUCUUCAGUAUCCCCCGCAGUCUCCAAGGCCAGCAGUCGCCGCAGCAGCUUCAGCAUGGAGGAGGAGUCCUGAUCAGGCCUCACCCCUCCCCUGGGACUUCCCCACCCAGGAAAGGAGGACAUGUCAGGAUAAGGCCCCGCCUUUUCCCCCACCUUAUCAUGAGACUGCCCUGCCCAGGUGUACUGGGGGAAGAGGAGACUGAUGAGGCCCCACCCCUGUAACCAAGCAAGGAGGAGGAGUCAGAUGAGGCCCCACCUCUUCCCCACAGGACAGGCCAAUGCAGGUAUUUCAGACAUGGAGAAGGUAGGGACAUCAGGGCCUGUCUCUUGCAGAACGCAGCCUCACCCCUGCCCCGUGGGACCCGCCCUUGCCCAGGUGAGGGAAGGAGACAGGAUGAGGUCAGCCCCUGGCCCCUAGGGACUGUCCUAGCCGUGUUUCCUGGGAUAAAGAGUGUCAGGAUACUGCUCCAUCCCCUCUCUUGGAACCAACAGUCUAGUCUAUCCUGGCAAGGAAGAGGAGUCAAAAUGGAGGUCCCACCCUGGGGGU